AUGGUUCUCAUUGUUUUAUUAAUUUCAUUAGCAUUUGCUGAUACAUUUUCUAAAUCAGGAUGUUAUAUUGAAAAAGGAGAAUAUAAAGUAGAAAUAGUACAAGAAAAUAAAGAAUAUCUUGUUACUGGAACAUUUAAUGAUACAUUAUUUAUACAUGGAUGGGGAUUUUUACAUCUUAAUAGUGUUCAAUCUACAUCACUUGAAAUGGAUCUUCAAUUAGCAAAAUGUGCAGGAUUAGUUGAAGGAUAUUUAACAUCACAUAGAAUUCGGGAUCAUAUGAAUAAUCAAAGAGCAUCAAAUAUAAUUGAAGAAUGGGAUUCAGUUACUAUGGAAUAUAUUAAUAGAAACAUUGCAUAUUCAAAAAAACAAGCAAAAGAUUUAUCAUUAAGUGAUCCAUGGGGAAGAGCACUUGGAAUAGUUUUAGCACAAACAUUUGGAAUUAGAGAAGGAGCAAUUAUUAAAGAACCAAAAUUAGAUAUAACAGAAACAGAUAUUUUUAUAUUAAAUUCAGAUGGGGAUCUUUCAGACCUUCAAAAUAUAGCAGCACAUAAUUUAUGGCCAGAAAUGAAAGGAUUUAAACAUGGAAAUCAUACUAGAUUUAAUGAUGCAUGGUAUGAUAUUCAUCAUCAUUGUACAGGAUUAAUUAGACUUACACCAAAUUAUCAAGAUUUAUUUGUUGCACAAGAUACAUGGUCAUCACCAACAACAAUGAAUCGUAUUUUAAAAGAAUAUCAUAUAAAAUAUUUUGAUAAAGCUAUUGGAAAUAAAAGAAUUUUAUUUAGUAGUUAUCCAGGAAUAACACAUUCAUUAGAUGAUUUUUGGUUAAUAGAUAAUGGACUUGCUAUUAUUGAAACAACAAUGCAUUGUUGGAAUCAAGAUCAAUUUGAAAAAUGUACACCAGAAAGUAUUUUAACAUGGAUUCGUGUUCAAAUAGCUAAUCUUUUAUCAAAUAAGAGAGGAAGUGGUGUACAAUGGGCUAAAAAUUUUAUUAGAGAAAAUUCAGGAACAUAUAAUAAUCAAUAUAUUAUAAUAGAUUAUAAUAAAUUUAAACCAGGUAAAAGACCACAACCUGGUACUCUUUAUGCUAUUGAACAAAUGCCAGGUUAUUAUGGAGCUGGUGAUAGAACUGAAGAACUUAUUAAAAAUGGAUAUAUUCCAUCAGUUAAUGCACCAUUCUUUAAUGAUGUUUAUAAAUAUGCUGGAGUAGGAGAAAAAUGUAAAGCAGAUAAUGAUUGGUAUUUUGAUUAUUGGAAAUCAGAUAGAAUGAAAUUAAUUCAAAGAGAUGCACCAAAUAUUAAUACAUAUGAUGAUUUUAAAAAGUUUAUGAGAUAUAAUGGUUAUCCUAAUGAUCCAUUAGUUAAUGAUCCUGGACAAUUUAUUCUUUCUAGAUAUGAUUUAAGACCUAAUGAAUGUAUUCCAAGUCCAACUAAUCCAACUAUUCUUCAUUGUCCAUCUAACUUUGGAGGACUUGAUUCAAAAACAAUAAAUUAUGAACGUGCAAUCUCUUUGAAAAUAGAUGCUAUUUCAUCUCCUCAAUAUGAAAAUCAACCCCCUUAUGAAUUUGGUAAAAAACCAUUUGAUACUGCUAUUUAUAAUGGUUUACCAGAAAAAUGGACAUUCCCAUGGAUAGUUUUCAAUGAAGAUGGAUUUUAA